AUGGCGCUGCGGCACCUCGUCACGGGCCAGAACAACUGCGCCCCGGACGGCGCCUCGUCGUCCAACCCCCUCAACGCCCUCGCCAACGCCUUCCUCGGCCAGUCCUCCAAGGCGCAGUCAAUAAAGGAACUUCCUGGUUCUGUUAGUGUUCCAUCUACAUCUGACUUUAGCGCGCCUGCUCCCUUGUCAAACAUCCCUGGUUCAGAAAAUGAGUUCAAACAAGAGCAGCGACCUAUUGUACAGGGCGCCGAAUUUAUUCAUGGUGGUCCUGCUAAUGAUUGGAUUGGAUCUUUUCGGCCUCCAAUGGUUCCUGAACUCGGAGGAUUAGAAGCAGAAUUUGACCGAAUUUAUAAGAAUACAGGGACAACCUUUCAACUGCCAUUGGAUGGUCCACCACAAAGAGUGUUGUCUGGUGUCUUGCAUUCCUUUCUCACAAGUGGCCCAGCUGGUGUACCGUUUCAACCUCUUCCAGUACCAGCAGCUCUUGGUUUAUCUGAAAGCGACAAAAAGUGCAUACGUGAUCGUAGCUGCAUAAUGGCACGGCAUAUUUUUUCUGACCAACCGGAAGAAUAUAUACAGGCUCAGGUCAAUACUUUGCUGCAUUCGCUUGAUAUUGACAACCGUAUGAGAGGACCUAUGCAUGGACAAUACCCAGAACUAGAACAGUACUGGAAUCAGUCCCAAAGUUCUAUGGGUCCUGCCCCAAUGCAUAAUGCUGCUGAUAAAUGGAUUACUGAGUUUGGCAAGCAAAAUAAUAACCCAGAAAAUUGGGCAAACUCUUUCGAACAACAAUAUGGCCCCAAUGGCUGGGCCUCUGAGUUUGAACAGAUGAGCCGGGGUGAACUUAUUAUAGAAGAUAAUCAAGUAAAAGAAGGUUCAGCAUCCCAAUCCAGUGGCUGGGCUGAUGAAUUUCAAACACAGUACAAUGCUAAUGCAAACUCAUGGGCGGAUCAGUUUGCACAUGAAGAGCUUUCACAAGGGGCGGAUAAGUGGGUUAGCGAGUUCUCUAGUCAACAUAAUCAAGGUGCGCUAAAUGAGAACUGGGUUGAUGAGUUCUCAAAAUUAAAUGUCACUGAUGAAUGGGCAGAGGAAUUCAGUGGAGGUGGUUUUGGCGAAAGCUCUGCUGAUCCCUGGGUAGAUGAGUUCCAAGAACACUUGUCAUCUUUCAAACAAAGUUCGGGCAUCUCUCGAGGGGUUUAUGUUUUUUCUGAGAACAACCCGUAUGUUGGUCACCCUAAUCCAAUGCAGGAAGGACAGGAGCUCUUCCGCAAGGGCCUCUUAAGUGAAGCUGUUCUUGCUUUAGAGGCUGAAGUUUUGAAGAAUCCUGAUAAUGCUGAAGGUUGGAGGUUGUUAGGCGUAACACAUGCAGAAAAUGAUGAUGACCAACAGGCCAUUGCAGCAAUGAUGCGUGCGUUGGAAGCUAAUCCGACAAACCUUGAAGUUCUUCUUGCUCUUGGUGUUAGUCACACAAAUGAAUUGGAGCAGGGAGAAGCGUUAAGGUAUCUUUAUAGGUGGCUUCAGAAUCAUCCAAAAUAUGGUGGCCUUGUCCCUCCGCAGUCAACUGAUUCACCUUAUGGUCCUGAUGUUGUUAGAUUGUUUAAUGAAGCUUCUCAGAUGUCACCUGAAGAUGCAGAUGUUCAUAUAGUUCUGGGAGUCUUAUACAACCUAUCAAGAGAGUAUGAUAAAGCUAUAGCUUCAUUUAAGACAGCACUACAGCUCAAACCACAGGACUAUUCACUCUGGAACAAGCUUGGUGCUACCCAAGCAAACAGCAUCCAGAGUGCUGAUGCAAUAUUGGCGUAUCAGCAGGCUCUAGACUUGAAACCCAACUAUGUGCGUGCAUGGGCGAAUAUGGGAAUCAGCUAUGCCAACCAGGGUUUGUACGAGGAUUCCAUUCGAUACUAUGUAAGGGCAGUUGCAAUGAACCCUAAAGCUGACAACGCCUGGCAAUACUUGAGGAUUUCUCUUAGCAAUGCUUCACGAGCUGACAUGAUUGCUGCAUGCGACGCCCGCAACCUUGACGCUCUUCAGAAAGAGUUUCCUCUGUGA